UUUUGAUAAAUUAGUUACGCAUUCUUCUUUGUUCUUUCUUGAAAUUUCUAGUCAUGAAAGAAAAUUCUAGACCAUAUAUCUAUUUGACAAAAGCAAAAAAGAAAAGUUCAAAGUCCAGUACAGAAGAACAUCGUGUACAUAAAGGACAGUUCCACAUAUUCUGCAGUUCAGUGCGUUUCGGACAUUCAACGAAUGUUCAGUGCAAGAAUUCUUACCCAAAAAAGAUUUCUCAUCAAAAAUUAAUUUUCAUUAAAGAAGAAAACACUGUAAAUUUAUUUCGUAUCUUCUUGAACUUGUACUCUCUUGAGACACGUAAGAUCGAUACGUAUAUAGACCGCUAUUGAAGCAAGCGUACUGUUUAGAAAUAAAGGUGGAUAAAUAUGUUUACAUUGCUCUCGCACGAAACCCUUAUCGCCUUCCCCAAACGAUGCGUGAUAGAUCUGUGCUUACAUAUAAAUAUCCGACGGUGAACGUGUCGAUGAGAGAGGUCUCAUUUGCCGUAACAGUAGUGACAAAUUGAUGUGGUUUUUACAUUCCGGGUGUCGGGAAUCGUAUCAAUUUGUCGUUAUCGUUAUCGUGCGAGCAAUCAUUUUUUUAAAAUUAAUUUAAGAUAAACGCUUUACUGUUCCGCGACUGUUAUCGUUAAGUGAAAACUUGUUCAUAUAAUAAUUUGUUGAGAUAUACGUUUCACCCCGCUCUACUAAAGUUAUUGUUUUCGGUUUUGAUACGUGUUUGUAAGAUGAGUAAACUUGUAAGGAAGGACCUUUAUGAAAUUGUAAUCAUGGUAACACGCAUAGUAGUGCAACGUUCGACGCGCCUCUACCACGUGUGUAACGUCACGUGGCGUGCGCGUUUACACCAACUCUCUCGCAAGGGUUUGCUAAAGAAAUUAACACUCCUGAUCAAUCACAUGGAUCUGCGGAUGAUCGUCAAGUGCUUCAAUCGGAAACUCUUUGCUGAUGACCCGGACAUUCUCUCCAUCGGCUACAAUGAGAUCGUGCGACGUGGUGUGCGAGAUACUGUUUACGUUGAAGCUAUAGUGAAAAAAUACAAAACGUUACAAAAAUGCGCGUCCAUGACUCCUGCUAACGGUAAUACACUGUCAGAGAACUCGUCCAGUGGCCAUGCGACGCAGAUGGGACAUGGAAAUUUACCCAAAUCUCAAGUUCUUAAGAGAUCUUCAGAAGUAGAUUUAGAAGAUAUUAUCAGCGCUAAAAAGCGUCAUAAAAAUCCACAACCAAAAAACGCUGUAUGUGCAUUAAACGAAUUAAAAACCGGAGCUACAUACAAUGUUGUUGGACAAACUGGACCUACACACGCUCCAAUAUUCACGAUUGCGGUACAAAUUGAUGGUCAGACGUACGAAGGAAAAGGACGUACUAAGAAGAUGGCAAAGCAUGCAGCCGCUGAACUUGCUUUACGAAACAUUGUCCAGUUUAGAAAUACACCUGAGGUUCACCAAGCUAUCAAUACUUGUCAGCCUGUUGUGCCUCUUGAGCCAGAUUUUACGAGCGACGUGACUGAACGUGAUAACCAUCUUGUCAAUGCAUUUAAAACAUUAACACAGGAGCCAAAGAAUACUAAUAAGUUUUUAGAUAAAGGUCCAGUGGCAUUGAUUAACGAAUUAUAUCCGGGCGUCGUAUAUAACUGUAUAUCCGAUAACGGAGAAAGUUAUGCAAAGUUUACAAUAUCGGUAACAAUUAAUGGUGAGACAUUCGAGGGAACGGGCCCAAGUAAGAAACUGGCAAAAGCCGCAGCUAGUAAAGCUGCUUUAGCAAAAUUGCGAAAUGUCCAUAGUUCUUCGUUUUGUUUAUCAUAUCCUGUUCGCAUCAACUUUCCCUCUCCAGAAAUGUCUUUACCGCAAAUGCUAGCUGACCAAAUUGGCAAGAUGGUUAAUCAGAAAUUUAGUGAACUCAUGGUAACCAAACCGCAACACGCACGACGUAAAGUUUUGGCUGGUAUUGUAAUAACGAAAGGGCAAGAUGCAGAAUUGAUAUGUGUUGCCACCGGUACGAAAUGCAUCUCAGGCGAGCAUUUAAGUCGAAGCGGUAGUGGUAUAAAUGAUUGUCAUGCGGAAGUAAUAGCACGACGAUGUCUUUGUGAAUAUCUUUACAAUCAACUAGACUUGCACAUUGGAAAUGAAAACAAUGCUGAUUCUAUUCUCGAGCCAGCUAAAAAAGGAUUCAAAUUGAAGCAAGGCAUCCGAUUUCAUUUAUAUAUAAAUACCGCUCCUUGUGGUGAUGCGAGAAUUUUCUCACCUCACGAAGAGAACGAUGCCAUAGACAAGCAUCCCAAUAGACGAGCUAGAGGUCAAUUACGUACGAAGAUAGAAUCUGGUGAAGGGACUAUUCCUGUGAAGAGUAAUGAGGGUAUUCAAACCUGGGAUGGUGUAAUUGCAGGUACAAGACUGCUGACAAUGUCGUGUUCGGACAAAAUAGCUCGGUGGAACGUACUUGGUGUGCAAGGUGCACUCUUAAGCCACUUCAUCGAGCCAAUUUACUUCCACAGCAUUGUCCUUGGCAGUCUCUUAAAUCCGAGUCAUAUGUACAGAGCGAUAUGCGGUCGCAUUGAGAACACUAUUCAGGGUUUACCACCGCCAUAUAGACUUAAUAAACCUUUAAUGAGUCUAAUUACAUCUAAUGAGAUCAGACAACCUGGAAAAGCGCCUAAUUACAGCGUCAAUUGGACACUCGGACAAAACGAAGCCGAAGUUCUAAGUUGCACAACUGGCAAAGAUGAAGUGGGGAAACCUUCUAGGUUAUGUAAACAAGCAUUCUUCAAGCGGUUCUUUAAUCUCUUACGUAAUCUUCCGACUAUAGACAAUGUUGACGAAGAAGGUUGUCGCCUAUACUUGGAUGCAAAAUCUUUAGCACAAGAUUACUCCCUUGCCAAAACUCAAUUGAAGGAUGCUUUCACGAAAGCACAGCUUGGAACUUGGGUGAAAAAGCCGCAAGAACAGGACGAGUUCUAUGUCGAUAUCUGACUAAAUCAGAGUAACAGUAGUAUAACAAAAAAUGCAAAAAGUCCACUUAUCGGAUACGUAGUUCCUAGUGCAAAAUAGAUCGCUCGUUCGGCGUGUCAUGAUAUGGCAGAAUUUGGUAUCAGUAAAGCAUAAAUCGUAGGAUCUCGUGCAUGUGUUCUUUUGCGCCCUAUGAUCUCGAUAUAUUUACCGUGUUCAGAAUGUAUUACGAAUUAUUGAUAAUUAUUAAUAAUUUCGUUGUGUACGGUGUAGUCGAUAGGAAGAUUUGCAUCAAAACUUGCAUUAUUUUGAUUUAUUAAUAGCAAUAAAUAUUAUUGACAAAAAGUCGAGUCAGCACAUAUCUAUGCGGAAUUUCGUAAUAUUAGCAUACUUACAACGUAUUACUUCUCAUCACUUUUCUAAUUUUGCUGCACUAUAUGAAACAGCUGAAAGGACAUAUUAGAUAAAUCUGUAAUCUUUUCAUGCAAGAAAAUUUUGUCAUGUUAUCGACAUUCCUGUAUUUUACUCUUUGUCCAAUGAUAUACUUGCAUAAACUAUAUGGCUAAUUGGUCAUAAUUUCGAAUAUAUAGUUUUGAAUUCGAAAUAGCUUUAAGAGGCAAACAUUAGUGUCUUAAAUAGGCAUUGUACCUACGACGUCCCCAGAUAACAUUCUACGUCAAACGUACACAAAUUUUACAAAAAAUUGUACGAAAUCGCAAUCUUUUUUUUUCAACAAAAUUAUAAUUUGUCACUUAGUGUAAUGCAUCUAAUACUAUACGCACGUGACAUGACAUGAACAUUCAUGUAUCAUAUAGUAUAAACAUAUCCUUGCGUAAGUGUGCAGGCAAAUUAACGGCGUCAAUCACGAUCUUGCAUGUUUCUAUCUCGAAAUAUCCGAAACUUAGAAUUUUAUUAUUUGUGAGUUCACACGAAAUGCUAUCUGGGAUCUUUUUGUAGGGCAUUAGGUAUCGUAGCAACGAAUUAAGUUGCACCUUGCAUCUUCAACGGCUGUGAUUGGAUUCAGAUCUGACAAAUGAUCUUAAUCGUAAAAAGUAAUAAUUGCAAAAUUCAAUGAAAAUGGCAGGACAGAAUUUCUUAUGAAUGUUUG